GGCAUUUGGCUUCUUCUUGCUGCAACUGGAAAAGCUGCAGUGCCAUCUGCAUGGCUUCCUUCUUCCUUCUUUCUCCUUAAAUUACUCCUCUCAUCACUCGAACGAGUCACCUCUUUCGACUCACUCACUCACUCUCUCUCCGGCCUCUGAUCUUCCUUUUCAAGAACACCACCAAUUUCUUCGCCUUUCACUGCGGACAUGUCAGCCAUAGGGCGGAGCAGAGGAAUUCAUUAUUUGCAGAAACUGAAAGCUGCAAAUAUACCUUCUGAUUUGAUCGAAAAGGGCCAGCAUCGUGUAAUAGAUGCUUCUCUCACCCUUAUUCGCGAGAGGGCAAAGCUCAAGGGUGAGCUUGUGCGUGCUUUAGGAGGUUCUUUAGCAUCCACUUCUCUGCUUGGAGUUCCUUUAGGACACAACUCAUCGUUUCUUCAAGGACCCGCGUUUGCUCCUCCUCGAAUUAGGGAGGCAAUCUGGUGUGGUAGCACGAACUCAACCACUGAAGAAGGGAAGCAACUAAAUGAUCCUCGGGUGCUAACUGAUGUUGGUGAUGUCCCUGUCCAGGAGAUCCGUGAUUGUGGUGUAGAUGAUGAUAGAUUGAUGAACGUCAUAAGUGAGUCUGUCAAGUUAGUAAUGGAGGAGGAUCCAUUACGCCCAUUAGUUUUAGGUGGUGACCACUCCAUAUCUUUUCCUGUUGUAAGAGCUGUCUCUGAGAAGCUUGGUGGACCUGUGGAUAUACUUCAUUUAGAUGCCCAUCCUGAUAUUUAUGAUGCCUUUGAAGGGAAUAAGUAUUCGCAUGCAUCUUCUUUUGCUCGAAUUAUGGAGGGUGGUUAUGUUAGACGGCUUUUGCAGGUUGGUAUCAGAUCAAUAACAACUGAGGGGCGCGAACAAGGCAAAAGGUUUGGAGUGGAGCAAUAUGAAAUGCGAACAUUUUCAAGAGACCGUCAUUUCUUGGAAAACCUGAAACUGGGGGAAGGAGUAAAGGGUGUGUAUAUUUCAGUCGAUGUGGACUGUCUUGAUCCCGCCUUUGCUCCAGGGGUAUCUCACAUUGAACCAGGAGGUCUUUCCUUUCGUGAUGUUCUCAACAUCCUACACAACCUCCAAGGCAAUCUCGUUGCUGCAGAUGUGGUAGAAUUCAACCCGCAACGUGACACUGUUGAUGGGAUGACUGCAAUGGUUGCAGCUAAGCUUGUAAGAGAACUGACGGCUAAGAUGUCAAAAUGAUAAUUUCUGUGUUUCUCUGUGUCAAGGUCAUUGGAUAUGAUAACAAAAGCUACCCUCAAUGGAAUAAAAGAUAUGGCUUCUUGCCAGUAAUAGAAAACAUCAUCUUCUUACCUCUA